AGAGCGACGCUCCUCGCUGCACUGUUCGGUCGUGCUCGGACCUAGAGUGUUCGUUCUGUUCGCUGUGGUCAGCGUGUGUUCAACCUGCGAUCUGAUCGACGUGUUCAUUGCGAAAAUCAGUGCGUCUGAGAAGACCGGGAUCAAGAUGUGGCGUAAUCCUCAGGGAGGAGGGUUUACUAUACCCAACUUUAUUACGACUAUGAUACUACUGGCACUAACGGCGAUGACAAAUGUGGCUAUGGCUGACGACGAUUCUAUGGGACCCGUGUUUGUUAAGGAACCCCCAAAUCGUGUUGACUUCUCCAACGGAACCGGUGCUGUCGUCGAAUGCCAGGCUAGAGGAAACCCCCAACCGGAUAUUAUUUGGGUUCGCGCCGACGGAAGUGCUGUGGGCGACGUUCCGGGACUCCGACAGGUUUUACCGAAUGGAAACUUGGUCUUCCCACCUUUCCGCGCCGAAGAUUACCGUCAGGAGGUUCAUGCUCAGGUUUACAGCUGUUUGGCGCGAUCACCAGCGGGUUCAGUUCACAGCCGAGACGUUAACGUGAGAGCCGUGGUCCAGCAGUUCUACGAGACGAGGGUCAUCGACGAGUUCGUCUUGCGCGGCAACACGGCUACCUUGAAGUGCCUCGUGCCGAGCUUUGUGGCGGAUUUCGUAGACGUGAUCGAGUGGCUGGCUGUCGAGGACGGGUUCACCUACUCCGCGAACAGCCAAGAAGAAAAGGACGGAAAAUACCUGGUACUGCCAUCCGGAGAGCUUCACAUCCGCGACGUUGGACCCGAAGACGGAUACAAGACCUACCAGUGCCGCACCAAGCAUAGGCUCACCGGAGAAACCAGAUUGUCAGCCACCAAGGGACGACUCGUCAUUACCGAACCGGUGGCCAGCACUAAACCGAAAUUCCCUUCGAUGGAAAACUCACGCACCUAUACCGCGUACACCGUGAGACGGUCUCUGCCUUUGACACUGUCUUGCCCGGCGCAGGCGUUUCCGGUUCCAGCGUUCAGAUGGUACAAGUUCAUCGAAGGUUCAACUCGUCGUCAACCGGUCCAGCUUAACGAACGCGUCCGUCAAGUCAGCGGAACCCUGAUCAUCCGUGAGGCCCGCGUCGAGGAUUCCGGCAAGUAUCUGUGCAUCGUGAACAACUCUGUCGGCGGAGAAAGCGUGGAGACAGUUUUGACGGUGACCGCACCCUUGGCCGCGGAAAUCGAGCCCAGCACCCAGACCAUCGACUUCGGCAGACCGGCUACCUUCACCUGCAACGUUCGCGGAAACCCCAUCAAGACGAUCUCGUGGCUGAAGGACGGCAAACCCCUUGGACUGGAGGACCAUGUGCUCAGAAUCGAAAGCGUCAAGAAAGAGGACAAGGGAAUGUAUCAGUGUUUCGUCAGGAACGACCAGGAAAGCGCGCAGGCGACGGCUGAAUUGAAACUUGGUGGAAGAUUCGAACCCCCGCAGAUCCGUCACGCUUUCGUUGAAGAGACCCUGCAGCCCGGCCCGAGCAUGUUCUUGAAAUGUGUGGCCAGCGGAAACCCGACACCUGAGAUCACCUGGGAACUUGACGGCAAACGAUUAUCCAACACAGAAAGACUGCAAGUCGGCCAGUACGUUACGGUUAACGGCGACGUGGUUUCACAUUUGAACAUCUCGAGCAUUCACACCAACGAUGGCGGACUCUACAAAUGCAUCGCAGCGUCGAAGGUUGGAUCCGCGGAACACUCGGCCCGAUUGAACGUUUACGGACUUCCCUUUAUUCGCCACAUGGACAAAAAGGCUAUCGUUGCUGGUGAAACUCUUCGCGUGACCUGCCCGGUUGCCGGAUAUCCGAUCGAAAGCAUCGUAUGGGAACGGGACACGAGAGUUCUGCCGAUCAACAGGAAACAGAAGGUCUUCCCGAAUGGCACGCUGAUCAUCGAGAACGUCGAGAGAAUGAGCGAUCAGGCUAUUUACACGUGUGUCGCACGCAACGCCCAAGGUUACAGCGCCAGAGGAACACUCGAAGUACAAGUCAUGGUCGGCCCGCAAUUGGCGCCGUUCUCGUUCGGCGAGGAGGCGGCGAACGCCGGAGAAAUGGCUACCGUUCAGUGCGCCGUGAUCAAGGGCGAUCUACCCUUGAAGAUCGUGUGGUCGCUGAACGGUCGGCCGAUCGAGGUCGGACACGCGUCCGGCGACCACGGUUUCAACACCCCGGAUAUCGUGGUGAUCCGAGGUAGCAAACGGAUCAGCACCCUGACGAUAGACUCGGUAGCUGCGAGACACGCGGGCGAGUAUAAGUGCACCGCGACCAACGCAGCCGGAUCCACCUCGCACACCUCGGUACUAUCAGUGAACGUACCACCACGCUGGAUCCUGGAACCCACCGACAAGCCUUUCGCUCAGGGCUCGGACGCGCGCGUCGAAUGCAAAGCUGACGGAUUCCCUAAGCCCCAGGUCACCUGGAAGAGAGCCACCGGAGAUACACCUGGCGAUUACACCGACUUGAAAUUGAGCAACCCCGAUAUCAGCGUAGAAGAUGGAACCCUCGCAAUUAACAAUAUUCAGAAGACAAACGAAGGCUAUUACCUUUGCGAAGCUGUCAACGGAAUUGGCUCUGGACUCUCGGCUGUCAUUCUCAUCUCCGUUCAAGCACCACCCCACUUCGAGAUCAAACUGAAGAACCAGACUGCUCGACGAGGAGAACCGGCUGUACUGCAAUGCGAGGCACAAGGCGAGAAACCGAUCGGCAUUUUGUGGAACAUGAACAACAAGAGACUGGACCCGAAACUCGAUUCUCGUUACACCAUCCGAGAGGAGAUUCUGGCUAACGGAGUACUGUCUGAUCUGAGCAUCAAAAGAACCGAGCGAAGCGACUCUGCCCUGUUUACCUGCGUUGCCACCAAUGCCUUUGGAAGCGAUGACACCAGCAUCGACAUGAUCGUUCAAGAGGUUCCCGAAGUACCAUACGGCUUGAAAGUACUGGACAAAUCCGGACGUUCCGUUCAAUUAUCCUGGGCAGCACCCUACGACGGAAACAGCCCCAUCACACGCUACGUAAUUGAGUACAAGAUCAGCAAAGGCUCAUGGGAAACCGACAUCGACAGAGUACUGGUACCUGGAUCCCAACAAAAUGUCGCUAGAGUAUUUAAUCUGAGACCCGCCACCACGUAUCAUCUGAGAAUCGUCGCCGAGAAUGAAAUUGGAGCUUCCCGUCCCUCUGACACGGUCACCAUUAUCACUGCCGAAGAAGCACCAUCAGGACCACCAAACAAUGUUCGAGUUGAUGCCGUUGACCAGCACACCCUGAAAGUAACAUGGAAACCACCAUCCCGCGAGGACUGGAACGGCGAGAUUCUUGGAUACUACGUUGGCUACAAACUCUCUUCGUCCGACAAGCUCUACACCUACGAGACCGUUGACUUCUCCAUGGAAGAUGGCAAGGAACACCACCUCCAGAUCACGAACCUGAAAACCUACACCCAGUACAGCGUCGUCGUUCAAGCAUUCAAUAAAGUUGGAUCGGGACCAAUGAGCGAAGUACGAAGAGAACACACUGCCGAAGGAGUACCUGAAGAACCACCCCACGACACCACCUGCACCACUCUCACCUCCCAGACAAUCAGAGUAUCAUGGAUGUCGCCCCCUCUCAGUUCUGCCAAUGGAGUAAUCUCUGGAUACAAAGUCAUCUAUGGACCGUCUGACAUCUGGUACGACGAGAACACCAAGGACACCAAAAUUGCCCCGAACAGCGAGACCAUUUUGCACGGAUUGAAGAAGUUCACGAAUUAUAGCAUGCAGGUUCUGGCUUACACCUCUGGCGGCGAUGGCGUUAAAUCUGCUCCCAUUCACUGCCAAACCGAACAGGAUGCCCCCGAAGCACCGAUCGCGAUCAAAGCUCUCAUCAUGUCCCCCGAAUCGAUCCUCGUCUCAUGGCGCCCACCAAGCCAGCCCAAUGGAGUCAUUGCCCAGUACACCGUUUACACCAAGGCUGACAACGCUGACGAACCCACGAGCGAAAAGGUACCGGCAAACCAGUUGACUUACGAGGCCUCGAAAUUGGACAAACAACGCAAAUACGACUUCUGGGUAACCGCUAGCACCAACAUCGGCGAGGGCCAGGCUUCCAAGAUCGUUUCAUUGGCACCGAGUGUUCGAGUACCGGCAAAGGUCGCAUCCUUCGAUGACAAGUUCACGGCUACCUACAAAGAAGACGUCAAAUUACCCUGCCUCGCUGUUGGAGUACCCGCGCCCGAUGUGAUCUGGAAAGUACGAGGUGUUGUAUUGCAAUCGAGCGACAGACUGCGACAGCUGCCCGAAGGAUCCCUCUUUAUCAAGGAAGUAGACCGCACCGAUGCUGGAGAAUACUCUUGCUACGUCGAGAACUCGUAUGGCCAUGACACAGUCACUCAUCAACUGGUUGUUCACGCACCUCCUCAUUCCCCGCAAGUCACCUUAACUGCUACCACCACAAACUCGUUGACAAUGAAACUCCGCCCUCACCCGACCGACAACGCUCCGAUCCACGGCUACACGAUCAAUUACAAACCCGAAUUCGGCAACUGGGAAACCGCACUGAUCAGCUCCACCGACCAGAUUCACACAUUGGAGAACUUGUGGUGUGGCUCGAGAUACCAGAUCUAUGUCACGGCUUACAACGGAAUUGGCACCGGCGAUCCCUCAGAUAUGCUGAACACCCGCACCAAAGGCUCGAAACCAAUCAUCCCCGAAGCAGCACGAUUCAUCGAAGUAUCCACCAAGAGUAUCACCCUUCAUCUCAGCGCCUGGUCCGAUGGUGGUUGCCCGAUGCUCUACUUCGUCGUUGAACAAAAGAAAAAGCACCAACAGGAAUGGAACCAGGUAUCGAACAAUGUAAAACCGAACGGCAAUUUCGUGGUGUUGGACUUGGACCCUGCCAGCUGGUAUCAUCUUCGCGUGACCGCCCACAAUAACGCCGGAUUCGCCGUAGCCGAGUACGAGUUCGCCACACUGACCGUAACCGGAGGUACCAUCGCACCGCCCGUACGCAACGACAGCAACGACGUCAGGCGUUAUUUCCCGUGGCUGCCGAGCUGGAUCGACGUAAACGUGGUGGUGCCGGUCGGAGCUACGGUAGUAGUGAUUAUUGUAGGCAUAGUGGUGAUUUGCGUCGCACUGUCGAGGAGAACUCGAGGCCCGGAGCAAACGCGGCUGCGAGGUAUCUCAUCAGCCGACGAGAAAUAUUACGAGGGACAAUAUGACGUGGUGUACCAGCAGACCGGAGUCGGCGGAGCGACCUUGGACAAACGCAGACCGGACCUUCGUGACGAGCUCGGCUACAUCGCGCCACCGAAUCGCAAACUGCCCCCGGUACCCGGAUCCAACUAUAACACAUGCGAUCGCAUCAAGCGAGGUACAGUGAUAAGUGGAACAGGUUCGAUAAGGAGUCACUCGACGUGGGAUCCGAGACGGCAUAUGUACGAGGAGUUGAAUCAUUGCCCGCCGAACCGAAGAUGUCCACCGCCGCCGCGUAUGGGCAGUGCCGAGGCUCUAUCCCACAGAGGCAUGGAAGACGAGAUCUGCCCGUACGCGACCUUCCACCUGCUUGGAUUCCGCGAGGAAAUGGACCCCAGCAAGGCUAUGCAAUUCCAGACGUUCCCCCACCCUGGCAAUGGACACUCCGGCACGAUGGGACCACCCGUUGGACACCCUACUAACGUUUCUGCUCAUAGCCGUUCUGGAUCUCAAUCUAUGCCCCGUCAAAACGGACGCUACUCCCGUGUACCAUCCCAAGGAGGCGGCAGCGGCACCCACAACGUUUUCUCCCCCGAAUACGACGACCCGGCCAACUGUGCACCCGAGGAAGACCAAUACGGACAAUACGGCGCCCCUUACGAUCAUUAUGGAUCCCGUGGCUCGGUAGGACGUCGCAGCGUAGGAUCGGCCCGCAACAUCCCCGUCUCUGGAUCACCGGAACCGCCACCACCCCCGCCAAGGAACCACGACCAGAACAACUCGAGCUUCAACGACAGCAAGGAGAGCAACGAGAUCAGCGAGGCAGAAUGUGACCGAGAUCAAUUGGUGAACCGCAACUACGGCGUGAAUGCUCGCGGCAAGGACGGCAUGACCACCGAGGAGAUGCGUAAACUCAUAGAGAGGAAGCCACACGAAGCCCCCGGCCGGCAAACCGGCGCCAGCCACGGCGGUCACGGGGGACACUUCACACCCUACGAUACUGUGGCAGUGUAAUCUGUAAAUCACCAACUUCCGAGGUCUUCCGUCUCUCUCGUCGCCAGCGGCCGAAGACUCGAGAGAAGCGGAACGAGUUUGCAACGAUUUAUCAUUUAAAUGAAUUAGCCGCGUCGCCGCGCGUGUUAGGGUAGAUUCGGCGUCCGGAUCGCACGGGACGCGACAGAUCCCGACGAUCGGGGAUCGGCCGUGAUCGAUGGCCGCGUCACCGGGGCCCCAGCGACCAAUGGGACCGUACCUCCGUCCCUCGUCCACGACCAUAUCGUUUUUUUUACACCGGGCUAUCUCUUGGCCUUCGCCUCGGUUCGAGAUCUCGCGUUUCUUCUUAGUCGUUCGAUCGCUCAUUUGAUCGUUGCUCAAUCGUCGACAAAGGCCGGACGACGAAACUGCCAAAUUCUCUUGACUGCCGUAAUUUUCACGGGCGAAACGGACGGAGGGGAACAUCUACGUAAAAUACACACGCGCAAACGGGGCGGGCGCGGUGAACAACGCGCUCGAUCGCGGCGAUCGUCGAUCGUCGAUCGUCGUCGACGACGGCGAACAGACGCCCGGCAUUGUUCGUCACCGUCGAUCGUCGGCGCCGCGACGGAGGAUCCGGAACGCGACGCGUGCUUCUCGGCGACAAUGAAUUUUCCGCGUUUUCACACGAUUCUACGAACAGACGUACACGCGUACACGUACACACACAGACAAACACGUGGGACAGAGAGGGAGGGAGACGGACAGACACACACGAAACGUGGGUUUCCGCGAGAUGUCCUAGGUUACGAUUGUCGCUAAUAAGCGUCACGAGUCACGGGAAACCAACACACACACACAUACAUACACAUACACACGAGAAUAAUAUAUUAGUUACUCGCUUUUUUAAGUCAUGGUUGUGCCACACUGCCGCUCCCCGCAGGCAUAUGAUAUUAUACGUACAUACAAAAAAGAAAACAUACAUACAUACAUACAUGCAUACGUAUAUUAUUAUGAUAUUAUACAUAUACAUACGGUAUAUACGGUUUAUAAUUUCGUAACGAAGGUUGUGUCCCCCCAUAAUCGGUGAUCGACGACCUCGAGUCUCGGCGUCGCGGAGAGCAGAGCGAGCAUGACAGCAGAGCAUGUUUCCCGACAGUUUCGCGACGGUUCGCGAUCGCGUGGAUCGUCGUCGUCGUCGUCGUCGUCGUCGUCUUCGUCGUCGUCGUACCAAUUAAAACAGCGAGCAAGAUCGCUUUUUCCCUCUUCGAGAGAGAGAGAACGAACAACCAAUUAACAACAACGAGAGCAGACUCGCUGAUCAAAUAUCUCAUGCAAGCAAGGGCACACGAACACACGGAUAACAUUACAUAGUAAACAGAGACAGAGACAGACAGACAGACACGUUACACUCGGGAGAACAGUCGCAAACACGACGCAUACACAGACACCGAAAGCACACCACGCUCGCUGUCGAUUUUUAAUCGUCCUAUAUGAUAUUUAGUCCGCUGUACACACAACAUAUAUUCCCGCAAAGCUAAUCUCGAUCGACUAACGAUUAAGCGACGAUGAUAUAACGUUUAAGCAAUCCGAGCAACAGGUACCGUUUUUUCUAGAUCGUAAGUAAGUAGCACCUAAGCCGGACGGAUAUGGUCGCGAGGUGCGCCGCGUCGAGCUUUCGUUGUACGGCGACCGCGCGUCGAGCUCUCCGAAUUAAGCGAUAAUUAGCAGUCACACAUACAUACAUACACACACGUAGGCCAUUGAAAGAGCAGAGAAAUUGUCGGACUUAGAUAAACGGUAGACGAGAACGAUUUCGUGAUUUCACAGGGCACCAGAUUCCUCCGUUCGCUCGACGCGCGCGCUCGAAUGCAGGCUGCGGCGCGUGUCUCAUAGCUCGUUUUUAUGAUAACACUACUUAGGUAUAUACGAAAAAUGAUCUAUAUAUAUAUAUAUACACAAAUAUAUAUAUAUUGACGUUCAUACACAUACGUUGUAAGUAGGUAUGUCUAGGUGUCGCAUUUAUUUGCCGAGGCGAUGCUCGAGUGGCACGCCAGUCGCGCGAGCGUGUUUCGCGGGCGAGGAAGUGCCCUCUUCGUUGACGAGGACGGCAGUGCCGGGAUGCUUCGUCCGCGAUCGGCUGUCUUCUUCCAUUGUCUUCUCGUAAAAAUCUCACGGAGUUUCUAAAACGACGAAAGCGACCCGCUAUCACAAUUCGGGCGCGGGCUACGUUAAUUUAACGGAUCGGAUAACCAUCGCUGGCUUGCGACUCGUCUCGCCGACGCGCAUUUUUACUCAUCGAUGUGAUUUUUAAUGGCUGCGCAAAAGUCUCGUGUCUCGUGUAUGUGUUACGAUCGCGCUCUACCAUCCUUUAAAUGUAGCCGUAUCCAAGUCACCCCUCUUACCCAUGUAAUUGUAUAUCACGUUUUAACUCACGCGUGACUUAACGCGGUGAUUUCUCGCUUUUGAAGCUUCCCGGGGGAUUUAUUCGACCCGCAUGAAAGAAUUAAUCGGCGACGCGUACGACGAACGUAUAUGAUUAUAAGAGUGAAAACCGGCGGAUAUUUAACUUAUUCGAUAUUAUUAACCGAUUGCGAUUUAUUCAUUGAAACGCUAAGAAACGAUUAACGGACGAAUUGAAACGUGAUCGGCCGCGCGGCCACGGUUCGCCAAUUUAGCUUCUCCUACCUAUACAUACAUACAUAUACAUAUAUAUAUAUAUUUAUCCAUUCUUACGGGGACUAAACACGUAAGCACGUUUUAAUUAAUGUUUUAUGGUUUUUGUGUGAUCGAUCUGGAAUCGUUUUUACUUGUGGAAGAGGUUCGAUGUUGCUCUUUUAUCAGAGAUUUCGUUUCCGUGAUGCUGUGAACUUUGAACGGUCGGUGCCGCCCGUCCGCGUUAUAUAUUAUACAUACACAUUUCUAUACAUAUACUAUAUAUAUAUUGAUUAUGCUUGAUCAUCAUUGGGAAUAUCAUCGAUGUUCGGUUUCGUGCAGAUAGCGGGGCGGUUCUUCGAGCUUCACCCUUCGGCGGGGCGCGUGUUCGUUUCUUCGUUUCUCUCGGUUAAUUCGCAAGCAGACCAUCGAGACGUUCGCGUGAUUUUUCGCUCUAUGGUUCAGUUCUAUGCCACCCCAUAUCCCAUCUCACCUCCCCCGUGUGCUCGCCUUUCGAUUGGCCGUAAGUUCGCAUAUUCGCAUACAACGAUACACGUAUUUCUCCGCGCUCGUAGGGACUCGAGGAUCCGCUCGCAAGUACACCGUUUCCUCAGUACCACUGUUUUAUGUUUUUGUACCAAAGUCGUAGCGUCUAACUUUACGUUAAAUAAACAAAACCAAAAAAAAGAA